AUGUCGCGUUAUAGGCCGUCAGGCGGCCAACAGCCGCGAAACGGCAAUGGAUAUCCAAGCUACGACUCGUACCAGUCGUAUGGACCUCCGCCGCCGUCACCCCAGCAGUGGAACGAUGGUCGCAAUAGCGAUCGCUACCUUCCAGAGCAGCGCGGUGAUCACGGCUUUCGUGGACCCUUCUCUGACUUGCGUAGACAACAAACCCAAGACUAUGGUCGCCGCGAUAACCGUGAUCAGCGCGACGACAUUCGUCCUCCCCAGGGUGACUUCAACUUCCGCGUAGAGCGUCCCGCCGGAGUUGAAGGUAGCUACGAGUCCUACAGGCCAUCUGGUCGAGGCGAUCGUGGAGAUCGAUUUGACUCGUACCGACCCCAACAGCCACCGCACGGCAACGCUGGUCGCCAUAAUAGAGGUGGUUACCAAGGCUCGAACCCGCGUCGCGGUGGAGCGCGUGCACCUUACCGUCCUCCCAAGGCUGCCGACCGUGCCAUCUUGCACCAGAAGCAUGAUGAAGAGGCAGAAGUGAUGCUAGGGGACAGGACAGGAAAAGCCAGAUAUCGCGACGUUGAUGACCUCUCAGAUGAUGCCGAUGCUGCUAUGGACAUUAGUGGUGCCGAUUCAGCAUCAGACACUGCAGAGCCCGCAAACAAGCGUGUGCGUCUGACAUCCAACACAUCCAACCUUGAUCAGCCGCCAAAGUGGUCAAAUCCAGACCCGUACACUGCACUUCCUCCGCCUGAUGAGACGACGCGUAAAAAGGUGGACGUCGUGCAGCUUAUUCGCAAAGCGCGAGUCGAGCCAGAAUCCAAGACUUCUGCUUCAAAGGAAGCUGCGGAUUUUAUUUCUUGCGAUUUUUCUGACGAAGAAAGCCACAUUCCUAAACACCAGGCAAGCAACAGCCUUGCUGUUUCUAACGCACCCACAGGACCCCGGGCUGGUUUAUCCGCUCUUCCGCCACGUCCAGCUUUGUCUCAUCAGAGCAAAAUCAACACGCCCCUUGAUGGCCCCAAAUCUAACACCACCCAGGUUCACGAUCUCAAUUCUUCAUCAUCCAAGUUUCCGCCCGUGAAGAAGUCCGUCGACCUGACACCUUCCACUUCCCUCGGCAACCGAAAGCGCACCCACGACGAUCAGAUCAAACUUCCGCAUGCGCUGCUUCCAAAAGUCAACAAGAUGCCUGUUGGCGGUGCCAUCGUGCCUAUCUGGCGACCUCGGAAGGAUGAGGACCCCUGUCCAUGGGCUGAAAAUGACCACUCUGAAGAUCCUAUUCCCGCUGUCCGGUUGCACAAAGAACUCAUUGACUUUCAUGAGUAUGUUCGACCUCGUGACUUUGAGCAUCGAAUGCGCCAAGAGAUGGUUGACAAUCUUAACGCCCUUGUCAAACGCAAAUGGUCUGAUGCUACUGUUCUCGCCUUUGGCUCGUUCAUGUCUGACCUGUACCUGCCAACUGCUGAUAUGGAUCUCGUGAUUUGUUCCAGGCGAUUCCUCAAUGGAGGAAAGCCGGUGUUUGCAACUAAGAACCAUAUCUUCGCCUUGCGAUCGUUCCUUCAAGGCUUCAAAGUAGCGUGGGAGAACCAGUUUGAAUGCAUCACAGGUGCCAAAGUUCCCUUGCUGAAGUAUUGUGACUUAGGCACCGGGCUCAAGGUUGACAUCUCUUUUGAGAACACCGAUGGCGUGAGAGCCAUACAGACAUUCCUGAAGUGGAAGGAAAUGUACCCAGCAAUGCCAAUUCUGGUUUCUGUCAUCAAGCACUUUCUCUGCAUGCGAGGGAUGAACGAACCUGUUAAUGGUGGCAUUGGCGGAUUCUCAGUCAUCUGCUUGGUAGUUAACUUGCUCAAUCAACUGCCAGAAGUGCAAAGCCGAACUAUGGUACCCGAACACCACCUGGGUCAAAUCCUGCUCCAGUUCUUCCACUACUACGGCAAGGAGUUUAGGUAUGAGACGGUCGCCAUACGCAUGGAGCCUCCUGGUCAAGUCAAUAAGAACGACGUCGACAGUCUUGUAUACAAGAACAUGGAUCGCCUGUCCAUCAUUGACCCCAAUAAUCCCCGGAACGAUAUCUCUGGUGGCUCGAAGAACUUCCCCAGCAUCAGUGACAACUUCUCCAAGGCUUACGACACUCUGCAGCAAAGGAUGAGCGAGCUCUCUCGCACGGAGAGGAAGGUCCACGGAUAUAACACAAUCCUUGCCACUCUCUUCGCCGGGGAUUACUCCACCUUCCGAACCCAACGAGAAUACCUCCGGUCGCUUGACAGAGGCGCUGGGCUUCCCAGUCUGAGCCAUAAGGGAUCUUACUAG